GGCUCCGGGGAAUAGCUGUGGCGAUUGCUCUACGCGAUCUUUUCCUGCUUCCCGGCGAGGGGACCCGGGGGUCCUUCUGAACGCUCUGUCUGGUCGUGCCGCGACCGCUGCGGGCAUUUCGGAAGGGCUUUUGCGGCCACCACCGGAGCGGAGAGGACGCGAGAGACGGCUUCCACCGUCAGCGAGGCAGGCAGGCCCCGUCCGGGGAUUUUGGAAACCCUGCGGUCCAUCAUGAAGUUCCAGUAUAAGGAGGACCACCCCUUUGAAUAUCGGAAAAAGGAAGGCGAAAAGAUCCGGAAGAAAUACCCGGACAGGGUCCCUGUGAUCGUGGAGAAGGCACCGAAAGCCAGGGUGCCUGAUCUGGACAAGAGGAAGUACCUUGUGCCCUCUGACCUCACUGUUGGCCAGUUUUAUUUCUUAAUCCGGAAGAGGAUCCACCUGCGACCUGAGGACGCCCUAUUCUUCUUUGUGAACAACACUAUCCCUCCCACUAGUGCCACCAUGGGCCAGCUGUAUGAGGACAACCAUGAGGAAGACUAUUUUCUGUAUGUGGCCUACAGCGACGAGAGUGUCUAUGGGAAGUGAGUGAAGGAAGCCCAGCAGAUGGGAGCGUCUGGACUUGGGGGUUAGGGAGAGGGGUGUGUGUGGAACUUGGGGGAGGACGAAGAGCUCCCACCAUAAGGAGACAGAAGGCCAAGACACCUGGAAACACUACACUGCACAUGCCGUCAUAUUUUCACAUGCUCAAUUGAUGUAUUUUGCUGCUUCCUUGGCCCGGGGGAAAGCAUGUCAGGACCAGCUGUUGGGUUGACUUUGAUAGACUCAUGGGGAUGACAUAGCCACAGCAUUGCUGGAAAUUGAUUUUUUUUUUCAUAAUUUCUUAGAGGUAUACCAUUUGGGGCCAGAGAGGAUUGUGGUCCAGCAGCAUCUUCCUGUUCUCCCUUCUCUUUGGGCAGAGAUUCUAUUUUUGACACUUGCACCGCAUGGCAGGGGAGAGAGGGUGGGAAUGUUUUUGGACUACUGGUCGUGGACCAUUCCUGGGGACCAAAAGAAAAACACACUAUAUUUAAAUGCAUAAUACCUCCGGAUCUUUCUCAUCUCCAUACUUCCACAUCAGUCCAUUCAGCAUCGCACACAUCACCCCCUCGUGGUGGUGAGUGCUGCUCUUUUCCCUUGUGGAAAAGGAAGAUUUGUGAAGAGAGUUUUAGGUAACAUUAAACUGGAAUUGACUGAGCCUGAACCAUCUCUUAGUCUGCUCUCUCUCUCCAGUGCCCCUUAGCCCACAUCUCCUGUGGACCUUCUGAGCUGCAGACAUUUCCACCUCCAAGCUGAAGCCACUUCUCUAGCAUGCCCCAAACCUGGCUCCACGUUCAAGGGACAGAGAUGUUUUAUGCAUUGAAGUGGCAGAUAGGAGGCAAGACUAGACUGUGUACACCUCCCACUCAUCCAGAAUUCUUGCUCCCUUCCUGCUUGAUGUCCCCUGUCCCUUCAGUCGCACGCACACACGAAGGCUAAGUGAAGGCCAGCUGCUUCCCUCUCGUGGUUCUCAGCCAUCGCAGCUGCUAGUUAGAUAAGUGUGGGGGGAUGACUUUAGUAAUUUGUGGGAUCUGUUGAUUCUGAUCUUUCCACUUUAGGGGUUAUGUGGGGUGGGGGCGGGGAGCAGGAAUUGCAUUCCGACACGACAUUUCAAUCAUCUCAGCUAAUGAAGAGGGUCCUUCCUGUUGGGGGAAGCCUGUGUUGGUUCUGUCAGCUGCAAGUUCUUGUACAUUGAAAUGUAUGCUGCCAGGCCAAGGAAAUAAAAUUGCAUAUCUGAAAAAAA